AUGAAGCAAGAUUUGAAACUGAUUUGUCUUGUGCUUGUCGGUGCCACGACACUGCUCCUACUACUGCCGUGCGUGUCAACAGCACAAUUACCAGUUCCAUACUAUGAGCAAAGGCAUGGAAUUGGACCAUUAUCUUGGAGCGACAUGGCCUACGUGCAGCGCCUGGUAGAGCAGGAAGAUGACAGUAUGGAAGUGACCACAAAUGCUGGCGAAGCAGAGGGCUCAGACGCUUGGGACAAUUCGUGCGUCAGUGAGCCAGUUAAUGCUGGCGGUUUCAGCGUGGAGGAAGAGGUAAAGGAAUCGGACGGAACUAUCCAGGAGGAUGUGUAG